AUACAUCGUAGUGAUUUUAACAGCCCAGCUCCUGGCAUUGGCAGCCCGGCACAUUUGUCUGGUUUGCUAGGUUCACUGACGAAGUUGCUUCCUUUUUACCACUGGCUGCCACUUUCAAGCAGUGAGAAGCAAGAGAAAAGCGCACAGAGCCUUAAAUUAGGGAAAGGACUGGAAGCUGCACAGAGCAGAACGAUUCUAUUGCGUUGCGUCUAAAACCUCAAGGCCUUGGGCCAAAGUUCAAUUUUAUCAUAAUUUGCUUUAGUGACUAAUUCUGCACGAUUUUUAUAAUGACGGAGUUUGUUGUUACUGGGUUAAAAAAUGCCCUUGAGCGUUUCGAAGCUGCCUGCAAGAGGAGACCACAGGAGCUAUCCUCAAUACUGCCAAGGCUGGUGGCUGUGAGCAAGACAAAACCGAAUGAGCUUGUCAUCGCAGCCUACGAAGCAGGCCAGAGACACUUUGGUGAGAACUACGUUCAGGAGCUAAAUCAGAAAGGCAAUGAUCCUGAGAUCUUACUCAAAUGCCCUGACAUUCGAUGGCACUUUAUCGGGCGCCUGCAAAGAAACAAAAUUCCUAAAGUGAUCAACACGCCCAACUUGUUUAUGGUGGAGACUGUGGAUUCAGCAAGGCUAGCAACAGCUUUGCAUGACGCCUGGGGCAAGUUUGGCAAGGAACCCUUGAGGGUCAUGGUGCAGGUUAAUACCAGUGCAGAAGAAGCGAAAGGUGGGCUGAUUCCUGAGGAAGCUCCUGACCUAGUCAGCCAUUUGUUGGAAAAAUGUCCCAACCUGAAAUUUGCUGGACUCAUGACAAUUGGCCAGUAUGGGUAUGACCUGUCCCGAGGCCCUAAUCCAGAUUUCCAGGUUCUGAUUAAGUGCAGACAAAAUGUGUGCCAAAAAUUAGGACUUAACAUGGAAGAGGUGGAACUCUCAAUGGGAAUGUCUGAUGACUUUGAACAUGCGAUUGAAGUUGGGAGCACAAAUGUCAGGGUCGGAAGUUCAAUAUUCGGAGCAAGGGAGUACAAGCCUAAGAGUCCUACUCCUCCUUAACACUCGCCAGGCUAGGUGUUGAUUUUUGUAAAUCUUUGUUGUUCAUUUAUAAAUAGCAAUAAAUGAAUAAAAUGUUCAUUUUAACUAAAUAAAUGAAUAAAAAUUUAAUUUUUAAGUAGAUGAAA